AAGGCCUUAUAAAUAAAGUCUGGAGGCGGAGCUUAUGAGAGUAAACACUUCCGGAGCAGAGCGGACACUAACACAUGCUGGUAAACACACUGAGGUCUUCUGUAGCUUGCAGAUUGGGCUUUUUCUCUAAACUGUCAAGAAGUCUUCAAAAAUCCAGUCACAAGCACAAGAUUUUUCCAGCUUACCAAAAGUUCUCCUUCUUCUGCAGAUUUGAGGCAAUGGAGAACACGGAGGCUUCAGCAGCGCUGAUUCAUGUUGGGGAGAAGCGAAUUUGUCCUGACGAGGACUCAGAACAUACCGCUAAGAAAGCCAGACUUCAGGAUGAAGCUAACGGCAGCCAUGUCACCGAACCAACCGAGGAAGACAAAGAAGAGAUGGAGGAAGAGGAGUCUUUGGAGGAUGAAGGAGGAGAAGGAGAAGGAGAGAGCUUUGCUGAUAUGAUGAAACACGGCCUCAGUGAAGUGGAUGUUGGAAUCCAUAAAUUUGUCAGUGAUCAUAACGGAUUCUCUGGAAUCUUGAAAGAGAGAUACUCUGAUUUCGUCGUUCAUGAGAUUAGCAAGGAGGGAAAGAUUAUGCGACUAGACGACCUGUCUGUACCUGUGGAGCCGGAGGAAGCGUCUGCAGAGAUCGAGCCAGUAGAAUGUCAGGACCUGACAGAAGAGCAAAAACAACAGCUUGCUGAUCUGCAACUACUGAAAAACAAAGAGGGAAAUGUGGCGAUUGAGGUGGAAGGAGAUUCCAAAGAGAGACGUACGUUGCUUCAUAAAGCAAUCAAAGCCCUUUACCCAGGACUGGAGACCAAAACUGAGGAAAGAGAGGGCAAGAGGUUCAUAGUGGCGUAUCAUGCAGCUGGGAAAAAAGCACUAGCAGCUCCAAGAAAACACUCGUGGCCUAAGAACCGUGGCAGCUUCUGCCAUUUUGUGCUUUACAAGGAGAAUAAAGACACCAUGGAUGCCAUCAACGUUCUCUCCAAGUUUCUCAGGGUUCGACCUAACGUCUUCUCCUACAUGGGCACAAAAGACAAGAGAGCCAUCACUGUGCAAGAGAUCGCUGUGUUAAAGAUCAGCGCAGAACGGUUGGCUCACCUCAAUAAGUGCUUGAUGAACUUUAAACUGGGAAACUUCAGCUAUAAAAAGCACCCACUGAAACUAGGAGAGCUGCAGGGGAACCAUUUCACAGUGGUACUCAGGAACAUCUCAGGCUCUGAUGAACAGGUAGAACAGGCCAUGGCAUCACUCAGGGACACGGGCUUUAUCAACUACUACGGCAUGCAGCGCUUUGGCACCACGGCUGUACCCACACACCAGGUUGGCAGAGCCAUUCUGCAGAACAACUGGACUGAAGUGAUGGACCUGAUCCUGAAGCCACGGCCUGGGGCGGAGAAGAGCUAUCUGGUGAAGUGUAGAGAGGAAUGGGCUCAGACACAGGAUCCUGAAGCAGCGCUAAAGAAAUUACCUGUGAAACGCUGUGUAGAGGGACAGCUGCUGAGGGGCCUGUCGAAGUACGGCAAAAAGAACAUCGUUACGGCGUUUGGACUGAUCCCUCGCAACAACAGGCUCAUGUACAUCCACAGCUACCAGAGCUUUGUGUGGAACACCAUGGUGAGCAGGAGAGUGGAGGCCUACGGUCUUAAAGCUGUGGAAGGAGACCUAAUACUCAAAGGAGGCACUGCUCACAUCCUGUCUGCAGAGGAAGCUGAGAAACACUCCAUUCAUGAUAUAGUGAUGCCGCUACCUGGAUUUGAUGUGAUCUACCCCACACACACGGUGGGGAAAGGCUACAGAGACAUACUGACCGCCGAUAACCUGGACAUCGAUAAGAUGAGACAUAAAAUACGAGAUUAUUCCCUGGCUGGAGCUUACCGUCGUAUCCUCAUAUGUCCUAAAGAUGUCAGCUGGGAGCUGAUUCAUUAUGAUGACCCUAGAGUCUCUCUGGUCCACACAGAUGUAGAGAAACUGGAAAACAAACCAGCCCCAGUGUAUCUGACAGAUGGAAAAUACAAGGCACUGAAGAUGGAGUUCUCCCUCCCUCCAUCUACCUACGCUACCAUGGCGAUCAGAGAAGUGCUCAAAAUGGACACCAGCAUCAAGAACCAGACGCAGCUCAAUACCGUGUGGCUAAACUAAGGACCUUCAUCUGUCUGGAGUUUUUUUUUUUUUCACCCCAAGCUUUUGUUUUUAAUUACUCCAAUCAGAAAUAAGCAAAAUUGUUAAAACAGUAUUUAAUUUCUUACUUUUUACCAAUCUUAGAAAACGGUGAUUAUAAACAUUCUGUUUAAUAGAACUUCAUUGCCCUGCACUAGCAGGAUUGACAACCCUGUUCUUUAUGAAUGUGUGGAGAACAUUUUGUCUGAUAUCAGACUGUGCUCUAGUCGUACAGAUAAUAUAAAUAAAUACUGUCUUUUUUUUUUUGUAUUUGCAAAAUGAUAUUUUGUGAAUAUAAUAAAACUGGCCAGAGAAUUUGUUUUAAUGGUUUAAAAGUCUACCAUUGGAGUAGCUUCAUAUAAACAGGCCCAUGGAACUAAAAGUCCCGAACACGUCUCAGUGUGACGGUGCACAAAACAAGCCAUGAAGAGUUUUAGAGAACUUUAAUGUCCUGCACAGAGCCCUGACCUCAACCCCACUAAACAACCAGCCUUCCUCUCUUAACAUCAGUGCCUGAUCUCACUAAUGAUCUUCUGGCUGAAUUAUUAUAAAUGCUCAUAGCCACACUCCAAAAUCUAGUGGAAGGCUUUCACAGAAGAACGGAGAUUUUACCAACAUUAAAGGGACACCAACCCUAAACUCUUACAACCUAAAGGACAGAGAUUUACUCCAAGUGUUCACAGGACAAAUACAUGUUCUGUUACAUAUAGUGUUAUUAAGGCUCAUAAGACGAUUUGAGUCAUGAUCAUCUGUGCAAUGCUCUGUUCAAGCUUCCUUUAGGUUUCCUGCAGUCUAUAAAUAAUCACUCCCUUUACAUUUAGUCGGUAUAACACAAUAAAUCAUGUACACUGCCCUUAA